AUGGCUUUCACUGGAACCGUGGAUAAAUGUAAGGUUUGUGACAAGACCGUUCAUGUCGUCGACAUGAUGACUCUUGAAGGCAUUCCCUAUCACAAAACCUGCUUCAGAUGCAGCCAUUGCAAUGGGACGCUUGUGAUGAGCAACUAUUCCUCGAUGGAUGGUGUUCUCUACUGUAAGACGCAUUUCGAGCAACUCUUCAAGGAAUCCGGUGAUUUCAGGAAGAAUUUCCAUUCAGGUACAUUUUCCUCCGACAAGCCGAAUGAGAUGACAAGAACCCCCAGCAAGCUUUCUUCCAUGUUUAGUGGAACCCUAGACAAGUGUUCCUCUUGCAACAAAACCGUUUACCCCUUGGAAAAGGUGACAAUGGAGGGAGAGUGUUACCACAAGACAUGCUUCAGAUGCGCGCAUGGAGGAUGCCCUCUGACACACUCCUCUUAUGCUGCCCUCGAUGGAGUUCUCUACUGCAGACACCAUUUCGCGCGGCUGUUCAUGGAGAAGGGUGACUUCAAGCACGUGCUUGACUCAGCCACGCACAGGAGAAACGCCUCCUCUGGUACCCCACCACCCGAGCCUGCUGAGCUGGUGACAGAAACCAACACUGAGAUGAUGCAAGAAGUCUCGCCAUCUGCUUAGCGCUCCUUGAUAGUUUUCUGCAACUUGGUUAGCUGAUCAUCUAUUUUCGGUUUUGUGGGGGGUGAAUGAUUGAAAUUCUUGUUUGAUUGUUCCAAAAUUUGAUUCCUCCUGUGUUUGCUUGAUUGUAUUAUGCUCAAAUUAUAAUCUCAUAAGCCGAUUUCCUCAUCAUUAACCCGAUAAUUUACUAUCCAUGUCCUCUUCUCUUUUCUCAUCGUUUUCCCCUGAGGACUAGCAUAGAUGAUUAAUGGACUGAACAGCUCCUCAUGCUGUUCCUGAAUCGAUAUUAGUACAACAUGUUUUCCAUUGGCGAUUACAUGAAUAUCUGGAUCAAUUAAAGCAUCCUUCUUGUAAUUUAAUGGAUCAUAGGAAAGGCGAGCUUGAACAAUAGUGAUAAAUUCAAAGCAGAUGAUAGAGGUUGCAU